AUGCCAUCAUCAAACUCACUAGCUUCCAAAACCUUUCUCCCACUAGAAGUAGACUACACCGAAGGGUCGAUCUGUGACGUCUGCGGUAGUCAAGAUGGCAGCACUUUGGUUGAGGAGGGCAGUGGAAACCGUCUCUGCGAGGAUUGUUGGGAAGAAUCUAAACAGACUCAAGCAGCUGAGCUCAAUGACGAGCGCACAGUGGAGAAUGAAUCUUGGGAGGAAUCCAGUGACGACGAGGACCAGGAUGGUGGUGUAGAAGAGGAGAUGAAUGAAAACAACUACGAAUACGAAAUUGAGGAGCCUGAGGAAGAGGACGACGACGAUGAUGAUGAUGAUAUUUCAGAGGAUAGUAUGUGCCCCGACUUUGCUCAUCGGUCGGUGAUAGCGUUGGAGCUCGGACGGGCUGCUCAGGACCAGGAGGAGCUCCGUCUCAAUAAGGAGCUUCUGGAUGCUUUCAGCAACACUGAAGUCAACAGAGAUCUGUUGACUGAGAUGUGUAUCAAGAAUGUUAAGGAGGAGGAUGAGGAGGGGGGAAGGAGCCCAAGGCUCAGUCGAUCAGCUUUUCGACCGAGGGCUUAG